AUGAACUCCAUGGCCUCCAUCUCCUCCAUUGCCAAAAGGCUUGAAGGAAAAGUAGCCGUCAUAACGGGUGGUGCUAGUGGAACCGGUGAAGCCGCUGCAAGACUUUUCAUCAAACACAGUGCAAAAGUAGUGAUUGUGCACAUCCAGGAUGAUCUUGGCCAAUCCAUCAUUGAAGAAAUAGGCAAAAAGGGAGUUGCUUCCUACAUACCCUCCGAUGUGAAAGUGGAAAAAGACGUCGAAAAUGCAGUAGACAUGGUAGUUUCCAAGUACAUUAUGUUCAGUAAUGCUGGAAUUCUAGGGAAAUUCGAUUCCACCAUCCUGAAAUCCGAAUAUGAAAAUUUCAAAAGCGUAUUUGACGUGAACGUCUUUGGG